AUGAAUAAAGUAAUUAUUUUUAUUAUUGAAUUUUUGUUACUUAUUUCAUCAACAUAUGGUUGUCUUUCUUCUGGUAUGUGUGGUGGUACUCCUGCCUGUACUCCUCCACCACCACCACCUCCAGUUUGUGCUAGAAGUGGCUGUGGAACAGGUUAUACAUGUGGACAAUAUGGUUGUUUCCAAGCUUCUAAAGCUAGAAUGUCUGGAUCUAAAAUAAUAACUUUUGGUAAAGAUGAUGAUCUUAUAUCAAAAGAAAAUGGUAGAAUUAAUAAUGAAAAACUUUGGCAUAUCAGUGCAAUGGAAGCUGAUGAACAAUUUUAUCAAUGUUGUAUAGAUAAUCAACUUCCUGAUUCAUGUCUUGAUAAAUGUUCUUAUACAGGAUAUACCAGAGAUUCUAUUCGAAAUAUGUUUAUGAGAUUAGAUGCAUGUCCUCUUCAGGCUGCCUCUGUAAUACAUUAUUGUGCAGCAAAAGGCCAAAAUCAUUUACAAUGUUGUGGAGCACGUGGUGUACAUACGACAUUAGCUGGACCAAAAUGUUUAGUAUUUUGUGAUCAAACUCCAGGAAAUGUUACACAAUUAGAUUUUAGUUAUCUUCCAUGUUAUGAACGUUUUGAAGAAAUGAAAUCAUGUUUUUACAAUAAUGUUUUUACUUCACUUAUCAACAGAAAAUAUAAAAAAUUGGCUAAGCAAUAA